AUGAUUCGGGCUUUUCGCCAAGCCCGGCCGCACCCGUCUGUGGCUGCUGAGGAUGAGAGAAGAUUAAAGCUGAUUCGCGAUCACGGUGGGGCAAUGAGUGGGGAGUCCAGAAAUUCUGCUACUAAUUUAGGGACGAGUAAUUCUUUUGAUCCUGGUUAUUGUGAUUAUGUCCCAAAAUCGAAUUUUGGGCAUGAUAUUGAUCGUAGUAGUUUGCAUCAGAAUAAUGUGUAUGAAUAUAGUAGACGUAGUUUGAAUAGCAUGGAGCAGCUCAGACAAAAUCAAGAAAGAAUGGGCUUCAAUCGGCAUGGUGUAUCAGGGGAUCAAUAUGAAUAUUGGCUGACUCAGAAUUAUAGGGUGUUUAGUAGCCAGCCUCCACUUCCAGUCUCUCCACCUCCACCUCUUCCUGUGGAUCCCCCAGGGCAGCAUAUGGUGCGGCCUGUUGUCUCAUCAUCACCAUCUGGUACAUCUCCUUCUUUGUUCCCGGUUGCUCCAGGUUCUUCAACCGGCGUUCAGUCAUCCUCAUAUCAUCCUGUUCCAGAAUUGAGUUUAUUGGCUGCGCAUCAACCCAUUAGAGGCAAUCUCCAUGCUUCUACCAGCUUUGGCUCUGAGGAUUUACAAGGUAUACGACAAGCACCAUAUAAAGCAUACUUUGGAAGAAGUGAAGUAAUUCCGCAGCAGCCUCUAUCACCUAACAAACCUAAAGUUGUUGAUGCCACUCACAUAAUAAAGCAACCCCAUCGGGUGAAUCGUCCCGAUCACAUUGUCAUUAUUCUUCGUGGUCUUCCAGGUAGUGGGAAGAGCUACCUGGCAAAAAUGUUGCGUGACCUAGAGGUUGAAAAUGGUGGUAAUGUGCCACGGAUACAUUCCAUGGAUGAUUAUUUCAUGACUGAAGUUGAAAAGGUUGAGGAGAGUGAGUUUCCGAAGCCAUCUGGUUCUGCUAGAGGGAAAAGGCCAGUAAUGAAGAAAGUCAUAGAGUUUUGCUAUGAACCUGAAAUGGAAGAGGCUUAUCGAUCAAGCAUGCUGAAGGCAUUUAAGAAGACCCUUGAUGAGGGGGUUUUCCCUUUCGUAAUUGUGGAUGACCGCAAUCUGCGGGUAGCUGAUUUUGCUCAAUUUUGGGCAACUGCAAAGAGAUCAGGUUAUGAAGUUUACCUUUUAGAAGCAACUUACAAGGAUCCAGCGGGCUGUGCAGCAAGAAAUGUACAUGGUUUCACCCAGGAAGAUAUACAGAAGAUGGCUGACCUUUGGGAAGAAGCUCCAACCUUGUACCUAAAACUGGACAUAAAGUCAUUAUUACAUGGAGAUGGUCUAGAGGAUAGUGGGAUUCAAGAGGUAGAUAUGGACAUGGAAGAUGGAGACCCUGUUGGUCUCCUUUCUGGUUCUGAAGAAAGAAAUGUGGAGAAGCUUGUAAUAUCCCAGGAAGGAGACCUUGUUGGUUCUUUAAAAGAGGAUCAAAGAGGGGAUGCUGAGGCAGAUCACCCAAUUGAGGAAGUGAAAGAAUUAGGAAAGAGCAAAUGGUCAAAUAAUUUGGAUGAGGAUGAUAACCACAAAAAUGAAGAUACGAGAAAUUUAAAUUCUCUUUCUGGGUUAAGAAAAUCUUAUAGUAAGGAAGGUAAAUCAGUACGUUGGGGUGACCAGGUUCGCAAUUCGGGCUUUUCAAUAGCUGUUGCAAAGUUUAGAAACAUAGCCUCUUUGGUCAUUGGCCCUGGUGCUGGAUACAAUAUGAAGUCAAACCCAUUGCCUGAUGAGGAGUUGACAACAGCUUCACAUGGCAAAGGCAAAUUGAGGAAGCAGAGUGUAUUUCAAGAGCAGUUACGUGCAGAACAGGAAUCCUUCAAAGCUGUGUUUGACAAGAGAAGGCAACGAAUUUCCAUGCUUGAUGAGGACUAGUAGUGGACAAGAAGAUGCUGUAACUAGCAAAGUUUUGUACGACUGUCUCUCCAUUUUUGAGUUCUGCUGUUUUAGUGUGGAGAGAAUGAAGAUUAUUGUUCAUUCCCCAUUGUAUUGCCAACUUCUUGCUGUAUUCUAAGAAAGUUCAUCAAUAAAAGAUUUUCAUCCCCUGAUUGGACUUCAAUUGUUAAA